AUGAUAGAUGAUGAAACAGGGAAACCUGUAGGAGUUAUGAUCGAAUUACUGAAAAAGUUAAGUUUGGAAUUAGGCUUUACGUACACAAUAGAGUACCAAGAUGAUGGUCAAUAUGGAAGAACAAAUUUGACUGCUGAUGGCUUACGAGGGACUCAUAUGAUCGGUAAAAUAGUACGAAGAGAAGUGGAUCUUGCGCUUGUACCAUUAUCGAUUACUGCAGAACUACAAGAACACAUGGAUUUUACAGUAUCUGUUAUGGAAAAAGGCAUAAAAAUAUUACUUAAUAAACCAAAAUAUCAGCCAAUAUCGAUUGAUCAAUGUUUUACUCCCUUAAAGCCAAUGGUUUGGUUCAUGAUCGCGGCCGCGUUGCUGUUAGUAUCUGUAACAGUUACUUUUCAACAUUAUUUUAACCCGGCCGAAUAUACGAAUCAACAUUUAGAUUCAUUAAUACCUGCAAGCUUUGACUAUAGCCAUCUACCCCCUGAAGAAGUCAUUCACCAAUGGGAAGAUAGUUCUAAAGAAGUUUUACAAGCUUUAAACCUUGUCAAUAGUAUUUGGAAUUCACUGGCUGCAUUUUUACAACAAGGAAGCGACGUUACACCAAGGUCUUUUCCGUCACGAUUAGUUACAGCAGUAUGGUGGCUAUCAUGCACCAUUAUUAUAUCCACUUAUACGGCCAAUUUAGCAGCAUUUCUGACGAUCAAUAGACUAACUCCAGAAAUUACCUCUUUAGUACAAUUGUCUCAGCAGUACACAAUAAAAUAUGGCGUCCUUAAAGAAGGAAGCACUAACAACUAUUUUAACACAUUAAAGAGCUCGCCUUAUGCCGAUAUGAAACCAUACCUUCACUUGUUUAAUAAUAUUACUGAGGGAAUCAAGGCUGUUAAGCACGGUAAAUUUGCUUUUAUAGCUGAUUCAACUAUAUUAAGCUAUCAUGUUGCUCGAGAUUGUUCGAUCAUGACUGUUGGUGCAGAAGCUCUUAUCGUGGGUCAUGGUUUGGGUUUACCGCUUAAUUCACCUUAUACCAAGCAACUAUCAGAAGCUAUAUUAAAGCUUCGAAUGAAUGGUUUUAUAAAAGAUAAAUUAAAGAUCUGGCUCAAGUAUGAUCAUUUGUACAUGUAG